AUGCCGCUCCAGCCGCGCCUGCUCCGCACCUACUCGCGGCGCGGCGGGCACCUCCGCCCGCUGCCGCCGCCCGACCGAUGGAUUUCACCGCCUCAGGACCGUAAACGUUUCUUCAGCUCGACCUCGGCCGGCUCCAGCACCGCCUCAGCCGGCUCCAGCGCCUUCUCCGCCCCCUCAGACGACCCCGACUUCUCGCCGCCCGGCAAGCGUCGCCGAGAGCCGCUGGGUAAGCGCCCCGCCCGCCCCUGGUGCCUGCGGACCCGCCGCGGCGGCGGCGGCGGGGAGAAGGAGAACCGUGCGCCGGGGCCGGCAGUCCUCGCCUCCCCCUCGCCCUCACCGUCCCCGCGCGGCCCCGCCCGCCGCCGCCGCCGCCAGGGGCCGCCCUGCGGGGCACGGCGCCCCCUGCUGUGCAGCACCCCGCAGUGUCCGCCCCCGCGCCGCCGGCUCCGCCGCCGCCGCCAGGCCCCGCCGGCCGAGCUCAGCUCCCUCGUCCUGCUGAGCACCACCGUGGAGGGCGGCUCGGGGCUGGACGGCAGCCUGGAGCUCUACUCCCCGCCGCGGAGGCAGCGGACCGCCUCGGCCCGCAGCGCCCUGAGCUCGCUGGAGUCAUCUCGGGGAGACUCGGAGCAGCUCCCGCCGCUGCCGGGGGCUGACAGCGUGAGGGAAGAAAGGGGUGGACGGUCCUGUCCAAAAGGCACGGGCAGGAGCGGUGAGCCGGGCCCGGUGUUGCAAAAGUCUGGCAGGGUUCUGAGGGCGUCGGUGCAGGGACCCUGCCGGGCACAAGCAGCACUGCCUCCCGUUAAUGGUGAGCCACACCACUCUGCACCGUAUGACGGUGCCACUUCUGACGAACCAUGUGAUGAUCUAAGGAGAGAUUCCACAAAAGGAAGCUUGCGUUGUCAGAGAGGCAAAACCAAGAAGUACCAGCUUACGCCAGUGGUGGUCUUGGACCCUCAAGAAGUGCCAGUGUGGCUGACGAGCAUGAAACUUAACAAAAAGGCAGAUACUGAACCUGCCUGCCAGCAGCCAGUAUCUCCUUUGGGCCUCCAAGGAAUCCUGGAGUAUAAACAUAAAAGUACCAAAGUUGUUUCUGGAGAGGGAAGCACCUGUAGGAAAGCUUGCAUCAGCGGCUUCAGUGCCAGCCGGUGGGGGAGGCAAACAAGGCUCUGUCCAAAAAGGCACAAAAACAAGAGACAGCAGCCGCCUAAUAACUCCUUUUUCAGACCACAGAUGAGGCAAAAGCAAAUGAAGAAGGGUGUUCUGGAGAUGUCUGUAGAUAUGAGAGACAAUGACUAUUCACUCCUCAAUAGCUCCCAUUCCUGGGGCAGAGUUCGAGCAUCUUUGUCCUUCCAUAAGAAAAAGAAAGUGACCACAGAAGAGAGUUCCUGCAGCAGCAUCCUUUGUACCCCUUCUGUGAAAUACCAGCUUUCAGGGCACCAAGCAACCCUAUCUGCUGGGAAGGCUCAGUGCUGCACUUGGUCUGCUUCCUCCAUGGUCCUGCUGGCUCCCAGGAAUUCCUGUUCUGUCCUGGAGCUAAUGCUUACAGAUGCAGAGAAGGUGUUUGGGGAAUGCCACCAGGAGGGGCCUAUCGCUUUUGAGGACUGCAUUCCUUUAGAUAAGAUGAAAGAUUGCAAGAAAAUUGGAGAAGGGGUGUUCGGAGAGGUCUUCCAGAUCGACAGUGAGAGAGGACCUGUGGCCUUAAAAAUAAUUCCCAUUGAGGGGACUGAAAGAGUAAAUGGUGAAGCUCAAAAGAGCUUUGGAGAGAUUCUGCCUGAGAUAAUAAUUUCAAAAGAACUCAGUCUUCUGUCUGAAGAGUCUGUGAAUAGGACGGUUGGGUUCAUCAGCUUGUACUCUGUGCACUGUGUUCAAGGGGCCUAUCCUAAGUAUCUCCUGGAAGCCUGGGACAAAUACCACAAAGUAACAGGAUCAGAAAAUGAUCGGCCAGACCUUUUUGGGGACGAGCAGCUCUUCAUGGUUCUGGAGUUUGAAUUUGGAGGCAGUGACUUGGAGCAUAUGAGAAACAGGUUCAGUUCAGUGGCAUCGGCAAAAAGCAUUUUGCACCAGGUCACUGCAUCCCUGGCUGUGGCAGAACAGGAACUGCACUUUGAGCACAGAGACCUGCACUGGGGGAACGUGCUGGUAAAGAAAACGGAUGUAAAGGAGCUUAAUUAUGUGUUGAAUGGGGCAACACACACAAUCCCCACAGCAGGGAUUCAUGUCAACAUCAUCGAUUAUACCUUGUCUCGGCUGGAGAAGGACGGGUUAACUGUGUUUUGUGACCUUUCCACUGAUGAAGAACUGUUUCAAGGCACAGGGGACUACCAGUUUGAUAUCUACAGGCAAAUGAAAGCGGAGAACUCCAACAGCUGGACUGACUAUCAUCCACACAGCAACGUCCUCUGGCUGCACUACUUGUCAGAUAAACUUUUGAAAGACACGGGCUACAAGAAAAAGGAAUCAACUUCUGCCAUGAGGAAAAUAAAGCAGCAGCUCAUUAAGUUCCACAAAGAAGUACUGACCUUUGGGUCUGCCAAUGAAGUUUUACAAAACAGCAGCCUUUUCCACUGAGCAAGGGAGUGCAAUGUUUCCAAGAACUAAGUCACUGAUACUGCCUUUCUCCUUUGCUGUUUUUUAUGUAUGAUCUUUUUAAAUGUUGGCACAAUGAAGAAGUGUUAUGAUCGGUUACCAAUGUGUAUAAUAUGCUAUCAAAAAUGUCCAAAAAACCCGAAAAAAAAGUCUUCUGCUUUAAGAUGUUUCCAU